AUGGUGGACACUGGUCGCAAUGUGGUCCCGGGGACCAUCCACCUCGUCGACACCGAGGCUGCUGAACACACGGGCAAGAAGGACAUUGUGCUCAACCCACGGCCGAGCUCAGACCCGGAAGACCCGUUGAACUGGUCCAAGAAGAGGAAGCUGUGGGCCAUCACCAUGGCGUACGUCUACAUCAUGGGCAUCGGCAUGUCCACCACGGUGCAGUAUUCCAUCUUGACCAACAUUGGCGAGGCGACCGGCAUUUCCAUUGCUGACAUCAACACCGGCACCGGUCUGCAAUUCCUGUUCGCGGGCUGGGGAUGUCUGAUUUGGCAGCCACUGGCGCUCGCCUACGGACGACGAGGAGUGUACAUCCUGAGCAGCCUGUUGGCCAUCGGACCCAUGGUCUGGACCGUCUACACCACUUCCACGAGCGUCUGGUGGGCCCACCGCAGUCUGUUGGGCCUCAUCAUCGCACCGGUCGAAUCGCUGGGGGAAAUCUCCGUCUCGGACCUGUUCUUCGCCCACGAACGCGGCAACUACAUGGGCAUCUACACGCUGCUCGUCUUUGGCUCCAACGCUCUCGCGCCCUUUUUGGCCGGGUUCGUCACCUACUCCAUGGGCUGGGAGGCGGCCAUCUGGUUCGGCACCAUCGUCCUCGGCGUGUGCACCAUCAUCAUCUACUUUGGCAUGGAAGAGACCAUGUACUUCCGCAAGACCAUCGAGGGCAUCGACGAAGGAGCCGCCGAGGUCACCCCGGAGGGUGUCGAAACCUUGGGGGAGAAGACGGACGCCGUGUCCAAGAGCGCACCGCUCCAGGAACCCGCUUCGCCCCGGGCAGAGUCGUUCCGUCUCCAGCCACGGACCUACUGGCAGAAACUGCAGCUGUUCCGACUCGACGAAGGCCGGCCGUCGGUGAAGCAGAUGUUCAUCAUGAUGGUGCGCCCGCUCUGGAUGUUCUUCUACUUCCCCAACGUCAACUGGGCGGGUUUUCUGUACGGGGCCUCGCUGUGCUGGUACAACGUGCAGAACGCGACCAUGGCGCUAAUCCUCAACGCGGCGCCCUACAACUUCUCCGCCCGGGCCGUGGGCAUUGCCUAUCUGUCGCUGCUCGUCGGGUGCUGCGUCGCCUGGUGGUGGGCCGGCUGGGCGGGCGACGAGAUCGCCAUCCGCCUCGCCCGACGCAACCGGGGCAUCCGCGAACCGGAGCAGCGCCUCUGGCUGCUCACCUUCUCCGGCACGAUCGCGACCGCGGGACUCAUCCUCUGGGGCGUGGGCGCCGCGCACCAAACGCACUACAUGGGGCUGAUCAAAGGCCUCGGCAUGACCAGCUUCGGCAUCGUCAGCGGCGGGAGCACGGCGCUGGCGUACGACGUCGACUGUUUCAAGGAGAUUGCCGGCGAGACGGUCGUGUUGGUCAUUGUGAUUCGCAACACUAUGGGCUUCGGCAUGAACUACGGCAUCACCCCUUGGUUGGAGAACACGGGCACGCAAAACUGCUUCAUCGCCGUGGCUUUUCUCUGCCUCUUCUGCAACUUUAGUUUCCUGUUCAUGACCGUCUGGGGCAAGAAGCUCAGGCGUCUGUCGGCCAAGAAGUACUGGGAGUAUGUCGACACGUUGAUCGUGGGGGGGCAUUAG